AACUCCUCCUCUACAGACGGACGAGCUUUUUCUUCCACUUGAACAAGCAACUAGUUUUCAGGGCGCAUUCCCCGGCAGCAAUGUGGAGGGAAACAGCGACCACCCUCAGCUGAACACUCGCGACCCUCGCUCCGACCCGUUUUCUGGCUCACGUUUCAGGAAGAAACGCGACGAGAACUUCUUUUGGAAAGCGCUCGCCGCAAGUUGACACAACUCUCCUUUGUUUCCUCCUUUUUUUUUGGAUAUGGUUUGGGUGAGAUCUUGUUGACCGGGUUCGCCUCUUGAAGGAUUCCAUUCCUCUGCGCGACAAGGAGACCCGCACACCAACGGAGCGCAAACUUUGACAAGUUCCUGCGCCUUUUUUUCCUCCUCUUCUUCUUCUAUUGUUGUGGAUUAUUGCGACAUGGACCUGCUCCGAGGAUGAGAAGAGGAAAAUGAACUCUUUCCUGUAGUUAGAUCUUGCGUCCGAUAGUAGAAAAGUCGGUUGUUCCUGCGCCGCUUCUUUUUUCGCUUCUUGAUUCGAUCCGCUGCUGUUUUCUUUUUUCGGGGCGCAAACAUGCCACAGUUAAACGGAGGUGGCGGGGAUGAUUUGGGGGCCAAUGAUGAAAUGAUAUCUUUUAAAGACGAAGGCGAGCAGGAGGAGAAGAUCUCGGAGAAUGUGUCAGCAGAACGGGACCUGGAUGAUGUGAAGUCGUCGUUGGUCAACGAGUCGGAAAACAACAGCAGCUCCUCGGACUCCGAGCAAACAGAGAGGCGCCCCCAAACCAGACCAGACACAGAAAGUUACUAUGAAAAGACAAGAGAGUACUUCAGUGAAGCAUUGAGGCGGCAGCAAGAUGGAGGCUUCUUUAAGAGCCCUCACUAUCCAGGCUACCCUUUUCUCAUGAUCUCGGACCUGGCCAACCCGUACCUAUCCAACAAUUCACUGUCUCCGAGUGCAAGAACAUACCUUCAGAUGAAGUGGCCUCUUUUGGACGUCCCCGGUUCCGCAGGACUCAAAGACUCACGGUCCCCGACGCCUGGCCAUUUAUCGAAUAAAGUGCCAGUGGUGCAGCAUGCGCACCACGUCCACCCGCUGACGCCGCUCAUCACCUACAGUAAUGAACACUUCUCCCCUGGCACGCCGCCCUCGCACCUCUCCCCGGAGAUCCUUGACCCAAAGACAGGAAUUCCUCGGACGCCUCACCCGUCAGAGCUCUCUCCCUACUACCCGCUGUCUCCUGGUGCCGUGGGGUCCAUAGCACAUCCGCUCGGCUGGCUGAUGCCUCAGCAGGGCCAGCCCAUGUACUCCAUCCCCCCGGGAGGAUUCCGUCACCCUUACCCAGCGCUGGCCAUGAAUGCAUCCAUGUCCAGCUUGGUAUCGAGCCGCUUCUCCCCUCACAUGGUGACUCCGCCGCCGCACAGCCUCCACCAGACCGGCAUCCCUCAUCCCGCCAUCGUCUCGCCGGCGAUCAAGCAAGAACCCAACAGCGACAACAUCAGCCCUUCCAUGCACGCCAGGAAGUCCCCCAUCCCUGCCAAGAAAGAAGAAGACAAGAAGCCUCAUAUCAAAAAGCCUCUAAAUGCUUUCAUGCUGUAUAUGAAGGAGAUGAGAGCCAAAGUAGUGGCCGAGUGCACUCUAAAGGAGAGCGCCGCCAUCAACCAGAUCCUUGGGAGACGGUGGCAUUCCCUGUCCAGAGAGGAGCAAGCCAAAUACUACGAGCUGGCCAGGAAAGAGAGGCAACUGCACUCGCAGCUCUACCCGGGAUGGUCAGCACGAGAUAACUAUGGCAAGAGAAAAAAGAGGAAGAGAGAUAACAAACCUGACUCCAAACCUGAAGACUUCUCCAUAAGAAACAAGAAGCAGUGUGUGCAGUACCUGCCCUCAGAGAAGAUGUGCGACAGCCCCGCGUCCUCCCACGGCAGCAUGCUGGACUCGCCAGCCACCCCCUCCGCCGCCCUGGCCUCGCCGGCGGCUCCCGCCGCCACUCACUCUGAGCAGGCGCAGCCCUUAUCGCUCACCACCAAACCAGAGGGACGCAUGCCCCACCACUUCUCUGUCCCCGGCAAGGCCUCAGGAUCCUCGUCUUCUUCUUCUUCCUCCUCUUCCUCCUCCUCCUCUUCCUCCCAACCCGCCAUCUCCAUCCCUAUUGGUACCUCAGGUAGCCAGUCGACCGCACCCAUCCUCACCCGACCCAUUCCCUUCACCUCCCUGCACCCCUCCAUGCUCUCCCCUCCCUCACCUUUCCACCAGGCCGCCCUCCACUCCCAUCAUGCCUUGUUCCAGUCGCAGCCGCUCUCUUUGGUCACCAAACCAACUGAAUGAAUCUGCAAAAGUAUUCUCACUCAUUUAUGUGCUGUACAUUGCUUUUCUUUCAAAUAGAUUUUAGUACUUUUUUUUCCCAAAAAUAUGAAAAGGAAGAAAUACUAUUGGUCAAUAUUUGACCGCCUCCUUUUCUACAUCUCUCAAUGAAACAAUGUAUUUUUUGUAAAGUUUACCGCAGAACUGGCUUUUGUUUUCAUGCAUUUAUCCGAUGAACCUCGUGUAUAAAAGAACCAAUGUACAUACAGUUUCUUUAUAAAAACAAAACGAAAAAAAAGAAACAAAAAACACAUUUUCUUUGUAGCCAAAAUCUGAUUAAUGGUAGUAUUAUGUUUUAAGUCCUAGUACUGGCCAAUAAUUUACAGCCCCUCUUUUCAAUUCACGAGUGUGUCCCCCCCCUUCCUUGACUUGUUAAAUAAACAUUUGGAAUUGUUUCUUUA